AGGUGAAACAUAGAUCAACAAGCAGAGAUAGCAUGGCCGGAGCCAUUCCUGCCAAAUACGUGCUGGUGAGAAACAGUGACCAUGUUAGAGUUUGUUAUCUACUGGUCUAUUGCAAGCCAACCUCCUUUAAUUGGCAUGCGCCGUUUCUCCAGAGGCUUGCACGUAGGCCGCAGCUAGUUGCUGACGUCAGUGGUGAGCAAGCAGGCAUCGAUCCAACAUGGUCGGCUGGAGAGGCCUGUUGCCUUGGCUCGCCCUUUGGGCCUUAAGCACAGGGUCCAGUGGGGCCUACAAGGUUGAAAAGUACUCGAUCGCGAUGCCAAACGUCAAACCAGCUAGUGAAGAGCUGUAUUUGUGCACUCCAAUUAAGAUUGAUCACCAAAAGAGCUAUUUUAUAGUUGGCUUUGAACCAAACGCAACAAUGCACACAGCACACCACAUGCUCCUCUUUGGGUGUUCGUCACCUGGAAGUAAGCUGCCAGUUUGGAACUGCGGUGAAAUGUCAAGGGCCACUACUGGAGAUAUGCCAAGUGCGAGUCCUUGCGGUUCAGGCACCCAGAUUAUAUAUGCUUGGGCGUUGGACGCUCCAAAACUUGAGCUGCCAGAUGAAGUUGGUUUCCAAGUUGGUCAAAAUUCUAAUAUUGACUAUCUGGUGCUGCAAGUUCAUUAUCACUUGAGCCCUGAGAAAGGUAUAGUUCAGAGGAAAAAAUAUAACUUGAAAUAUAUAAAUUUUCAUUUUGUAGUUGGCCAACCGGACUCCUCAGGACUCCUGUUGCACUUUACAGAAAGGCCGCUAACAAAACUUGCAGGUGUUUAUUUGCUUGGUACUAGUGGUUCCAUAGCUCCGCAUGCAACAGAACAUAUGGAAACGUCCUGUCAAAUCGAGGAAGAUAAAGUUAUCCAUCCCUUUGCCUACCGAACCCACACUCACAAGCUUGGCAAGGUUGUAGCAGGCUAUAAGGUUAGCGUAGAUAAAAACGGUAUCAACCAGUGGACACUUUUGGGCAAAAGAAAUCCAAUGACACCCCAAAUGUUCUAUCCAAUUGAAAACGAAGUCGCAAUUCAAAAGGGUGACACUUUGGCUGCUCGUUGCACCAUGGUCAGUGACAGAGAUGAUUACACUAAAAUCGGAAUGACUUUUAAUGACGAGAUGUGCAACUUUUAUCUUAUGUACUACGUCGAAAAUGGUAAACCGUUGUCGAGCAAGUAUUGCUUCACCCCUGGACCACCUUCUUACUACUGGAAUCUAGCUGGGCUGAACAACAUUCCUGAUCGUGAGGCUUCCCUUUUAUAAGGACCGAUUUACACACAACUGCUGCAGAAGUUCUAAGCAUACUGAUAAAAAUAUUUACUUUUUCUUAUAACAAAACUUGUAGAACUUCUGCCAAAAGUCCUCAUUUUAGCCCAAAAGAAGCUGUCAAUUAUAUAAUAUCAGUAAAAUCAACAUUUUUCAAAAUCACGGAAUUUUGCACACAAAAAACAAUGCUGUUCAAUCAAUUUAAAAUAAUGUUAUUUUUAAUAUAUGUAGCAUAUUUGUUACCUCAUAGUGAAAAUUUAUUGUGAUUUCUAGUUCAUUUUUGUAUAACUGCAAGAUGAAAAAAUAAUAUUCUCUCAGUGCGACUUAAUUAAUUAGGUGGCGUUUUUAUUUAUUUAUUUUUUUUUUAGAAUACACAAAGCAAACAACAAUCAGGAUGAGUAGCCAUCACUGUAAAUUUAGGGAAAUUUUUUGUAUAGAGAGAGAUCGAGACAAUAUUUUACAACACACACACACACACAACAUACAAGACACAGUGAUUUUACCUGUUUUAAAAAAAAUGAAUUUAUUGGAGUCAAACAAAGUUAGUUAAUGUUUCAGCUUUAAUCACUAUCUAACAUUCCAUUUUUAUUUUGCGUUUUGAUGGGUUGCAGUACUUAAGGUUAAUAUCUUGAUCUAUUUUCAAAUGCUUUAGGGAGAAGAAUCUGAUUUCAAAAGUCAAUCAUUAAUGGUUUUUGGCUGAGAGAGGCACAAUGUCUGUUUGAUGUUGUAGCUCACAAUAUAUAUUGUGCAAUUGAAGCAUUUAAUUUGGUUACUCUUCAAAAGUAUUAUUUAUAAAAAAAAAACUGGGAGAAUGUGAAUAGAGUUAAAUAUAUAGUGUCUAUUGUCUGUCCAUAUUAAAAAAAAAAAAUGGUUAAAUAUUUAUCAAAACCAAGAUCAUAUUUUGUAUGAUUUAGUUGCAAGUGAAGCCGCAUAUCACAAAGAUUUGUAAUGUAUGCAAAAUUUGAAAAAUAUCUUCAAGAAUACUGACAAUGAGGAAAUUCUUGUAUAUUUUUACUGACUAAGAAUACAGAUCUUUUCAGCAUUUAUAUUAAUUUUCAUUCUUGUAAAAAAUGCACGGAUUGCUAAAUUAAAAAAUUGUACCUUGA